AUGGAUAGUGAGGACAUGAUCUUUGGUUUGGCAGGCAAAUCAAUUUUCACCAAGUUCACAUUCUGGCACGGCGUAUUCUCCAAGUUGAUACCGUGCCUCUGCCUCCCAGUGCUCACUUUUCUGCUUCUCGUCGAGUUGGCGAAGACGCGAGCGAUAAGAAAUCACUCAGUUUCCACGAGUGCAAGGUAAGUUGCGCAAAAGUUGCAGAGAUUUGCGGGGAUUGUCCACCAAGAGAAGUGCUCGUUUCAGACCGGAUCGAACGACCGCUCUCGUCACCCUGAUGACUGUCACUUUUCUGAUCGCUGAGCUUCCCACUGGCAUUGUGGUAGCUAUUCAAUCAGUUUUUCUGGAUGAAGACGAAGAUUUGGGAGUCAUGUUCGUACGUUUCCUCAUCUCAAGGAGACAAUACUCUUCAGAAUCCUCCUGACACUAUCCACCAACAUUUGGAAUGUCGUCUUCACCUUGAAUGCCUCGUUUCACUGCCUUAUUUGCUUCGGACUAUCACUACAGUAUCGAGAAGUGGCGACUGGGAUCUUCAAAAGUUCAAUGAGCAGAACUGCGGUCAGUGAAAAGAAAUGAAUAGUAUUUGGAUGGAGUGGGACGUACUUUUACAGACUGCGAGCCGAGUCGGAGAUGUCAGUGUGGCAGUGAUCAAUCGGAGAAGUCGCUGAGAAGUUCCUAA